AUGAAUCAGAAGCCCAAGCCGCGCUCCACCAUGAGGAUGCUAAAGAAGGAGGUCGCGGAAGAGAUCCUGGAGCAAAGAAAACGGGGGGCACAAAUGGACCAGGAACUGAUGGGGGAUGGCGGCAAAGUUCCCACACUCAGCGAGCUGCGAAAGCAGGACAAAGAGCUGUCUAAGCAACUGCAGGAGGAGAUGCAGAGGACUGAGCUGCUGCGCCAACGGGUUAAGGCCAAUAAAGAAGCCAUCGAUGGGGCGACGAGCGAAUUGCGGAAGAAGCUGGAGACGGUCGACCAGGAGAAUAGCUGCUGCAUCUGCCUGCUGCACUGGAGUGCGAAAGGCCACCACAGGCUGAUUGCGCUUAAAUGCGGCCACCUUUUCGGCGAGAUGUGCAUCCGCACCUGCUGGCGGCAGUCCAAUCGGUGCCCCAUCUGCAGAGUGGUCAGCUACGAAGACGACAUCCGUCAGGUGCAUCCAUACAACUGUGACAGUGCCAUCGACCUGUAAUCCAGCUUUCGGAAAUACCCUAGGAGAGUACGGAAGAAGUGGAGCCUUUUACAAAAUUUUAAUAAAUUUUGAUAUUGCAUCAAAGCUAUAGUUUACCUCUAUUAUUAUA